AUGGCGAACCCUAAGGCGGCCAAGAAGAAACGGCCACCGCCGCCACCACCGUCGAGGCUGGCGCCAUGGUAUCCGGCGGUGGUAGCCAUGGGCGUCGCCGUCGCGCUAGCUUUUCUAGCAAAAGCUCUGGCGCCGCCGAUACACUUCCUGUCAACCUACAACCGCAACCAGAUGAAGGACGUCUUUCUCGGCAAAGGGAUGUGGGUGGUUCUCUGCAGCGGGGAGGGCGCGGGCUACGACGCAGUGUACAAGAGGUUCGGCACGGCCUCCAAGGCCAUGACGGGCUCAGCCAAGUUCGGUGUCGUUGACUGCGCGGGCUCGCUGCCCUCUGGCAAGAGCAUCCUCCAGAAGUUCGACCUUUCGGAGGAAGUGAAGCCGGUUCUGUUCGUCACGGGCGCCGGGCUGACGCCGGCCCAGGCCUCGAGCCGCAACAUGGAGACGCACGCCUCCCUGCUCAAGUGGGUGCAGGUCAUGGCGACGCCGGGGGCGUCCCCCGUGACGUCCACGCGCGAGCUGGAGAGCAAGUGUCUGAAGAAGGAGCGGUGUGCUUUGGUCAUGAAGGCGGGACCGCUUGAGGACGAUGUGAAGGAUGCCUUCAAGGAUCUCAUGGGCAAUCACCGCAACCUCAAAUUCGUGAGCAUAGACUCGACGAAGCUGGAGACGUCCCUCGAGAAGAAGCUGGGCAUCAAGCCCGUCGACGGGUCUCACCAGCUGGUGCACUUCAUUCGCUACAACGUCACGGGGAAAGUGAAGGUGGGCACGCCUCGCUGGGGAGUUCAGCUAUACAGCGGAGCUUUAGAGACGGCCUCGAUGUCGGUGUUCAUCGAAGGGGCGGCGAUAGUGGGAACCAAGGAAGAGACGGCGCUCACACGCCUCCCCACGGUGAUGACCCGCAAGGAGCCCAAAGCGAAACCGCCGCCGCCGCCGCCGAAGGCGGAAGGGGGGGAGGGAGGGGGCGCGUCAGCCGAGGGGCUGGGGGGGGCGGGGAAGUACGAGGGGAUGGACAAGGAGAAGUUGUUGGAGGCUUUCCGGAAGAAGCAGGCGGAGCGAGAGGUCGCGCGAAGAAAAGAGAUGGACGAAGAGGCGGAUAACUUCCUCUUCGAGGCGGUGGACGAGGGGGAUCAAGAGGGCAUUGCGGGGGAGACCUUCGGGUUAGAAGAAGACGGGGAUGGGGACAAGGAGCAGGAGGAAGAGGAGGAGGAGGAGGAGAUCGUAGACCUAGACGAAAUGUGAUACGUGCCGGUCACGUUGUUGAACACAUGUGGAUUGCUAUUAUAGCUUUGGCUCUAAUUGGAUCCGAUUCUUUGUGGCCCAAGCUCGCCUUGCGUGCGAAAUUUGUUACGAUGGUCAUGCGCGUUAGGUCGCGGAGACCCUCGGGGGGCAAACUGUUUUCUGAGCUGUGACCCCGUGUUCUGCAAGAUCUUCCCUGCUACAUGUAUGCAU